GCAUAGUAUAAAAUCAACAUUACAAGGUGAUCAUAAGUAAAUACAGUUCACUUUUUUUUAAUUUAGAUGGAACCUCGCUUCAGGAGACGGGCUGAUGGCAGCCUGAAUCUGACGGAUACAGUGGAAGCGUCAAAGGUGAAGGAAGCCAACAAAGGAAAGCCGUACACAAGACCCCUGCCCCCGGAGAAAGUGCUAGACAAAGCCAGGAAAAGUUUAAGUGAGCACCACGGAGAUCUGUCUAACAGAAAGCACCUGUUGGGUUUCUUUGAAAUCCAAUUUGGUGUAUUUCGUGGGCAAACAUUUAGGUGGGUGGCUGAAAAUGCCCUGGGGUAUGCUGCUUACCUGGUGGCAGCUAUGAAGAGGGACCCCACAGGAGGCAGCAAAGACUCCCAAGAACAUGCCCACAACAAGGGGAGUUUCAGGGAGUAUAUUGAGCUCUUUCCUUCUGGCAGAGUUGCCAUUGCCAUGAAGGAAGAGCAAUAUGCUGGAAAAGCUCCCCAGCAUGCUGCUGACUCCCAGCACUCUGCCCCUACAGAGUUCACCACCCCCACGCAGCACGCUACCACCACCCAUACUUCUACUGCCUCUCUCCGCUCCCUCUUGGUAAGAAAGCUGCCUAACCAAAAAAACUUGAACAAGGCUGUAGAAAGACUGGUUUCCCCCCUCAAAGUCGCACCUUCUUUGGCCCAGGCACGUGCACGGCCCUCAGCCACCCUCACCUGUCCAGCUGUGUCCCUUGAGACAGCCACAGGGCCCUCAGCCACCCUCACCUGUCCAUCUGUGUCCCUUGAGACAGCCACAGGGCCCUCAGCCACCCUCACCUGUCCAUCUGUGUCCCUUGAGACAGCCACAGGGCCCUCAGCCACCCUCACCUGUCCAGCUGUGUCCACUGAGAUAGAUGACAGCACACUGCUGGCAGAGGCAGCUAAGUUUGAGGCAUCAUAUGUGGCAUCAAGACGAGUUUGUCUUCCGGCUGGAUGGACACACACCCUGCCUGAAGUGGACCAGAGGUGGAUCUCCAAGGCCCUGUUCAGGUGGACAGCACAGGGGCAUCCCGAGCUGGUAUUUAGUAGGGUGAACAAACUUUGGUGGUAUCCUCCACCCGUGCCACUGAAGACCAGCAAUUCUCCUUCCUUGGAGAAUUACUUUGGCCAUCGCCUGCUGCUCUGGAUGCCACGAAAACUGUGGCAAGUGAAGCUGACUUGUCCGCAUCCAGACUGUCAAAAAGAACUUCUGACCUCAGCUGGCUUGCAUCAAAAGAUCAGGCAGGUGGUUGCCAUGGGUGAGAUGUACUUUGUUGCAUCUGAGUACCUGGCCUGCCGAAGAUGUAAGAGGAAGGUCAUCAGCUGGAGCCAUGAUCUCGUUUCCCAGCUCGACAUUGGCCACAGGGUGCUGUUCCCUUGCAUUCUUACUUCAAAACUUGCAUGUGACUUCGAGGUAGUAACUUUGAUGCGUCAGCGCGGGCUGGGAAACAGCAGCAGCCAGAUCCAGCGCAAGCUACAGGAGCGUCAUGUUGAUGUCUGGUUGCAAAAGACAGUCCAGUAUCUGACAGAUUGCAAGGGGGUUGCCAGUGCUGUCACGACGAGCCUGAUCCUGCCUGUGACAUUUGAACCUGUUCCUUCAAUGCCUUCUAUACCCAAGCACCGAUGGCUGAUGCAGGUGUACGCCCAGGAUGUCCUGCAAAGGCUGGAUGAGGUCAAGGCCACUAUAACAUCACAAUAUGGUCGAAUCUUAAAAAUGGAUUCUACCAAAAAAGUGGCCAGAAAACUAGCAGGACGCAGCUAUGGCACUGCUACUUGGGCAACUAAUGUUGGCAAUGAGCAUGGACAGGUGAUCAUGUCCGUGCUCACAGCGAGCGAAGGUUUUGGUCUGGGGCCAAUGAUAGAAGGCCUUAUCAAGCGAUACAGAGUGGCUGGGGUGGCUCCUCCCGAAGUGCUGUAUGUCGACCGAGACUGCUGUGGCAACACUCUUUUGAGGAGGAUGUUUGAAGAGUGGGAGCAAAUGACCAUCCGGUUAGAUGUCUGGCACUUCAUGAGAAGGUUUGCUGUGGGCUGCACCACCGACUCACACCAGUUAUAUGCCACUUUUAUGAGUGGCCUCAGCCAUUGUAUUUUCAUGUGGGACCAGGUCGACCUGACUGCCCUGAAGACAGCGAAGCAUGCAGAGCUAGAAGCUGAUGGGAAACCAUCAUUCGAGGCUGAUGUGCUACGCUGUAUCAGUCGUAGCGAGCUAGCGCUGCAUUGCAGGAGAACCACUCGCGGGACCAAAGAGACCCUGGCAUUGAUUGAGAGCCAUGUUCAGGCCUUUGAUGGAGAUGCUGGUCGUGACACUCUGGGAGUCCCACUAAUAAACUCAGCCCGCAUGAGAGAGAUUUUAAAGUCCCAGCGGAAGCAUGUGGCCUGCAUCCAGGAUCCUGUCGGUGUGCAGCUCUACAUGCAGACGGGUACUGUACUGAAGGGAGGGCACCGCCUGCCAACAUACCGCUGUGCCAGAGGUUCCACUUCACUUGAGUCAUUUCACCUGCACCUUAACAGAUUCAUCCCAGGCACGCUGGCAAGUGACACCUUCUUUCAGGCAUAUCUUUUGGAUGGGCUUGCAAGGUGGAAUGAGGACCGGGCAGUGGCAGCAACAACUAAUCAGCAGCAACCACAUUCCUACAACCAUCUACUGCGUCAUGCGGUCAACACUCUUGCAGAGGAGCUCAUGGGCAUGAAAAUCAUUCCUUAUGUUGGGCCAAGAAAGUACACUGGUGAGCUUAUUGGAGUGGAAUAUCUUUACCAGCAAACUGGUAAAGUUCUGCAGGACUACAAGUUGGCCAUUGAAGAGUCAGAGACUACUGAGGUUGGUAUAGAGGUGGAUGAAGGUUAUGCUGAACUUGAGGAGUUUCAGGACAUCACUGUCCCCACCUUUGACACUGAACGGACACCUGCUGCCUCUACACAAGCAUCAGUGUCUGCAGCGUCUGCAGCAUCAUCUCCAACUCCUCCAGCAACCAGCCCCACGUCAUCACUGUUUGUGGUCCCUCCAUCACCAGUGUCAUCUCCUGUCAGCAGCUCACUGCAAACUCAAUCAGAUCUAGCACUCUUUCCUGGAGCACAUAGCUGUGAGUUUUACCAUAAAGUAUUCAUAAAGAUUUCGGUAUUUGUUAUCACACUAACUAUAAAUUUGUAUUUAUCACAUUGA